UAAAUCGAUUGCGACUAGAACUUAACUCGCCAAGAUGACCACCGAUUUAACUUGACUCUAAUAUCACUUGUUAGGACCAAAAUAAACAAAUGUCAUGGGAAGCUGGCGAAACAAACCUUUUCUUUUGGCCUCGGACUCAACCACCCCUCCGGGAAACCCCAGAAACCACUUUCCAUUGACCCCUUUCCCCAUCUUCCACCCUUUUCUUUCUCCCCAGAUCUCUCUCUCUUUCCAGUUGGCUUAAUCUUCAAUAUGAAAUUGCGCACUUUUUUCCUCUCAAUUUCUCGUUUUUCCACUUUCUUGCCUUGAUCUGUAAAUGUUUUGAUUUUCGGUUUUAUUUCGUAAUUCGUUGAUUUUCUUGUUUGGUAAUUUAUGGUGGAUUCCGAGAGCUUAACGCCGCCGCCGGCAGAAGCCGCGCCACCGCCGAAGAAAUAUGGAGUCACCAAGCCUUUGUCUCUCGCUGGGCCCACCGACGCAGAUCUUCAAAGAAACGCAACAUUAGAAAAGUUUUUGAAAGAAUCAGAGUUGUAUGAGAGUGAGGAAGAGACGGCAAGAAGAGAACAGGUGCUGCAUCAGCUUGAUCAGAUUGUAAAAUCAUGGGUGAAACAAUUGACUCGCCAGAGAGGCUACACUGAUCAAAUGAUGGAGGAUGCAAAUGCUAUAAUAUUCACUUUUGGUUCUUAUCGGCUAGGAGUUCAUGGCCCUGGAGCUGACAUAGAUACAUUGUGUGUUGGUCCCUCUUACGUCAAUCGUGAUGAAGAUUUCUUUAUCAUUCUGCAUGAUAUUUUGUCUGAAAAGGAAGAAGUUAGUGAACUCCAACCAGUUCCUGAUGCUCAUGUCCCAGUUAUGAAAUUCAAAUUUCAAGGAGUAUCUGUCGAUCUCCUUUAUGCAAGUAUAUCUCUCUUAGUUGUCCCUGAAGAUUUAGAUAUCUCAGAUCGAUCUGUACUCUACAAUGUGGAUGAACCAACUGUUCGAAGUCUCAAUGGGUGCCGAGUUGCUGACCAAAUAUUGAAAUUAGUUCCUAAUGCUGACCACUUCCGCACAACUCUUAGGUGUCUAAAGUUUUGGGCAAAGAGACGUGGUGUUUAUUCCAAUGUUACAGGAUUCCUUGGCGGAGUGAAUUGGGCUCUUUUGGUUGCUCGCAUUUGCCAAUUUUAUCCUAAUGCACUCCCCAGUAUGCUUGUUUCUAGGUUCUUCAGAGUUUAUACACAAUGGCGUUGGCCAAAUCCGGUGAUGCUAUGCCCAAUAGAAGAGGAUGAACUUGGUUUUCUUGUUUGGGAUCCCCGCAAGAAUCCAAAAGACCGAACCCAUCAUAUGCCAAUUAUUACUCCUGCUUACCCUUGCAUGAACUCUAGCUACAAUGUCUCGCCAAGUACUCUUCGAGUAAUGAUGGACCAAUUUCAGUUUGCUAACAAGAUUUGUGAGGAGAUAGAGUUGAGUAAAGCACAGUGGGCCGCACUGUUUAAGCAUUAUCUUUUCUUUGAGGUCUACAAAAACUAUCUGCAGGUUGACAUUGUAGCAGCAGAUCAUGAUGAUUUGCUAGCUUGGAAAGGCUGGGUGGAAUCCCGGCUUAGACAACUAACACUAAAGAUAGAGCGGGACACGAACGGGAUGUUACAGUGCCAUCCGUAUCCUAAUGAAUUUGUAGACUUAUCUAAGCCAUGUCCACAUUGUGCUUUUUUUAUGGGCUUGCAGAGGAAACAGGGUGUCAAAGUGCAAGAAGGACAACAGUUUGAUAUUCGUGGCACAGUUGAUGAGUUUAAGCAAGAUGUAAGCAUGUAUGCUUAUUGGAGACCAGGCAUGGAUAUCUAUGUAUCUCAUGUUCGGAGGAAGCAAAUUCCUCCAUUUGUCUUUCCAGAUGGGUAUAAGAGACCACGGCCAUCUAGGAAUACAAGUCAUAGUACUUCUGAGAAAGUUGGCUGCAUGUCUCCUGAAGAAAAGCAUCCAAAGAGGAAGCAGGAGGCUGAAACAGUUGAUGUAAAUAUGGGCAAACCAGGGAAACGUGCUUCUAUUAGUCCACAGAGGAUAGGAUCUGUUUCUCCUCUAGGUAGUUCUUGUUGGUCUGAUGGAUCAUCACAGAUGAUCGUUUCUGAUGAGUCACAAAGGGAGCUUGAGAGUUCGUGCCUAAUGGACAGUUCCAAUGACAAAUCAUUACAUAGGCUAUUGGGCAGCAGAAACGAUGCCUAUCUGAGUGACACUUCCAUUUGUACACCUGAUAGUUUAAAUUCUACAAUGUCAAGGGGUUCCACAUUAUUCGGAGUUUCCAGAGAAGUUGAUUUAGAUAGUUCUAACAUAAAAUCCUUCCCAAGCAAGGAGGUGCUUGGACCGUGUGAAGACAUAUGCACUAGAGAUGUUCAGACUUUUCAAGUCUUGCAGAAUGAUGAGAAGGGGGACAUUUUGGGAUCACUUCAUCAGGAUAAUGUUGGGAAGCUGAAUGAACCAUUUAUUCAGAUUGGUUGCACAGAAAGUCUCGAAAGAGUGCCUGUAUCAAAUUCCAAAAUUCAGAACCUCACUUGCGAGGGUGAUAUAAGCUUGGCCGAUCGGAUUUCACAACUAGGGGAUGGAUGUCUAAGUGGAAAUGGAUUAUUGGGUAAUGGCUUAGCUGAGAAGUCACAGGUGGUGCAAAAGUUUCUUUCCAAACCUUUCUCUAGAAAGAGAAAUGGAAACCCAGGAUGGGACAAGCUCAGAGGCUGUGCAGGAGGCUGCGAUAAGGUUGAGUCUGGAGUCAACAGCUUGAAUUUGGGUGGAUUUUGCAAAGUUGGUCUGUUUCAGAACAAGUGUGGUUGUGAAAAUGCAUGCUUUUCAGAUGGUGAUUGAGGUGUUUGGAUUAGUCUCCAAACUCACGUUUUAAAGUGAGAAAGAGGUUGCAGAUUAUGGUGUGAUUUGUCUUCAAGCCCCCAAUUCCCCCCUCCCUGUAAAAAAAAAAAAAAAAAAAAAACAGCCCAAAAAAAAAUUAUAAAUUGAAAGGAUAAAAAAGGAGCUGUGCCUUCAGUUGGAAGUUAAACCAGUGUCUUGCAGUUGAGCCGGUGUCGAGAAGAGACCUUGAAUACGCUUGUGGGUCUGAUCUGCUUCAUUUGUUAAGAAUCUCGUAGGAUGUGAAAAACUAAUGGCAUGUGGAUGUUUAAAAAUGUAAGUGUUAGACAGGGUAAUGGCUAUUUUUUUCUUUUGAGGAUUUAGAGAAGAAUUGCCUUCUAUUAUUGCCUUCUAUUGUGAUGUAGCAGACCGUAUAGUACUAUUUUGUUGAACUUUCAGUACUUGACUAGUAAAAAUCGUUGCAUAUCA